AUGGUAACAAUUGACUGGUGCAUUAUAAGAGUGGACAUCAAAACGGUGGGUGUGGUGACGCUUUCUGUGGAGGUGGCAGUUGUGUUCCUAAAUGCGCUCCCAAAUGCGCUCCCGAAUGCGCUCCCGAAUGAGCUCCUAAAUGCGCUCCCGAAUGAGCUCCUAAAUGCGCUCCCGAAUGCGCUCCUAAAUGCGCUCUCGAAUGAGCUCCCGAAUGCGCUCCUAAAUGCGCUCCCGAAUGAGCUCCUAAAUGCGCUCCCGAAUGAGCUCCUAAAUGCGCUCCCGAAUGCGCUCCUAAAUGCGCUCUCGAAUGCGCUCCUAAAUGCGCUCCCGAAUGAGCUCCUAAAUGCGCUCCCGAAUGCGCUCCUAAAUGCGCUCUCGAAUGAGCUCCCGAAUGCGCUCCCGAAUGCGCUCCCGAAUGCGCUCCCGAAUGCGCUCCCGAAUGCGCUCCUAAAUGCGCUCCCGAAUGCGCUCCUAAAUGCGCUCCCGAAUGAGCUCCUAAAUGCGCUCCCGAAUGCGCUCCUAAAUGCGCUCUCGAAUGAGCUCCCGAAUGCGCUCCCGAAUGCGCUCCCGAAUGCGCUCCUAAAUGCGCUCCCGAAUGAGCUCCUAAAUGCGCUCCCGAAUGCGCUCCUAAAUGCGCUCUCGAAUGAGCUCCCGAAUGCGCUCCUAAAUGCGCUCCCGAAUGAGCUCCUAAAUGCGCUCCCGAAUGCGCUCCUUGAGGAUGAGGAUGAGGCGCUCCUUGAGGAGGAUGAUGAGGAGGCGCUUCUUGAGGAGGAGGAGGAUACGCUUAAUUGGUUUCCUUAUGCAUUUAAUUCCAAUGUCUAA